CGCGCUUGAAUGUAAGCAACUUGCUUGUGUCGAUGUAUUUCGGCUUCGCGAGCUGAGAAACGUUAACUUUCUCCAAUUGCUUGGUGAGCAUUUCGAUGUUGGUAGCGCCAUGGUCAGUUUUGGUUGGUCCAAGUGGUUUCACUGUUCCAGAUGUUACGCCAUCGCCGUCAAUAUCCAUCGGCUGUGGCAUAUUUGCCCGACGAACUCUUUUCCUACGAUACAUUUGGAUUUAGUUCCAGGUCUGUUGAACGUGAACAAUCAAGUUGCCCAGCAUCAAUUCAGUCAGCCAAUUAAUUUCAGUCAAUUCGAAUGCGCGCUGGGAUCGAUCUCCAUUUACUACAGCGGGAAAGCUAUCACUGCUCAAAGCCAAAACAAUUCAUUCAAGAUCGUUUGGCCAACAGCUGCUACGACCACAACGUAUUCGAUCACGUGGCCAGAUGGCACAUGUACAGCAAGUGAUAUCAAUAACUACCUUCAAUAUUGAAGUAUCCAAAACAACUUGUAUUUGAACAACAAUACCACUGGAGAAUACCAUUACUUUAUCUCAUGUGCAGAGAAGUCAUCUGCAUAUGCAAUUCAAUUUCCGAUGCUCAAGAAUAUCACAGGCUAUAUUGCGGCGAGCGGCUUCCCCACAAUGCCAGCUACAGCUUAUACGCCUCAAUUGCUCAUUGACAAUUCUGGAUUUGGAGCUAUCAUUGGAUUUUCGAAUGGCACAUAUCCGGCUGCUCAGACAACAAGCGUUUCGCUAUCAACAGUACAAUCGUUCCGCAGGUAGAUCCAGUAGCAGCAGUUAUUGUUGGCUUAUCAAAUCUACAACCCGAUUGCAAGCAACAACCAAGUUCUCCACACCUUCACAAGCGCUGGAGUAGGUUUCGUUGGACCCACCACCACUUUCCAAGGUCAGGGAUUUGCUU